UGGGGGAGGCGGAUGCAGGAAGCGGUGGCGGUGACGGCUGGGUCUGGGUGCUGCUGCUGGGUCUGUUACUGACAGGAGCUCCGCUAUGUCUUUAGCUGUGCAGAGGUUAGCGGCGUUAAGCGGCGCUCUGGCGGUCGGUGCUGGUGCUUACGGAGCUCAUGGCUUUAGACGGAGUGACCGGGAUGACUACCUAAAAGAGCUGUACAGCACAGCCAAUACCUAUCAUUUCUACCACAGUCUGGCCCUGUUAGGAGCCUCUCGGUGCAGGAAACCCGCUCUGGCUGGUGGUAUUCUCCUGGCAGGCAUGGGCUGCUUCUGUGGUCCUCUCUACCACCAGGCCCUAACGAGUGACCCGUCCUUCAGCAAGCUGGCGCCAGUUGGGGGUGUCCUCUUCAUUGUCGGCUGGCUCGCCAUGGCUCUCUGAACUUCGACCUUUAAUCUCUCUGGUGCACAGACCCCUGACUACUGGACUGUGGCCACUCUGGCAGGGUUUGAUUGCUGCAGCAGAAGAAACCGAGAUACAGAGUAGAGGGUGGAGCUGCUCAGUUAUGUCUGGCAGGUGAUGAUAAGGCUUUGAGGAUCACACUUGUCUUUUUACAGAAAUCCUCAUUAUAUAUGCAUAGAAACACUUGGCAGGGCUGUGACUAAAUGUGAGUGAAUGAUAAAGUGUGCUGUCUGGAAAUCAUGUAAUUUUUGCACUUUCUGUGUCUCGGGAUGAAAAAAAUAAAGCUGUCUGAGAAACUGA